AUGGUAUAUCGAUCUUUGAAUUAUCUCCGUUCGUUACACUACGACAUUACAGUACCUAUCUACGCUAAUGAUGAUAAAGUACAGCGUCGAAACUAUUUAGUGGACGAUGCGAUUCGAACGAAACGAUCACCUGUUGAAUCGGUCUCAGAUGAAGCUGUUCCAUCAUACAUGGAUAAACUUAAAGCAAGAGCAACGCAAAAUAGUGUACAGCAUAUAAUGGAUAAAAGUAACUCACUAUCUGAUUUACAAUCACAUGGAGUGUAUGAGAGAAAAGACAACGAAGAAUUUACCCUAGUUUGGCUCGAUCAAAGACUUGACAAUGACAAACCUGAUUUGCGAAAUUUGGCUACUCUACGUGAUGUCGUUGAUUUUCUUCGUACAUUCACCGAUUCGGAUGCUUGUUGCGAAUAUAUCUCAAAAAUUUCACACAGUAAUGUCUAUUUAAUUGUCUCAGGAACAACAGGCUAUCAAAUUGUACCUAGAGUACACGAUUGGAUGCAAAUACGUUCGAUUUAUGUCUUAUGUCGACGAAAACAGGAGCAAAAGAACUGGACAUCAGCCCACGCUAAAAUUCGCCCAGAAGACAUCUUUACUAAUGUAAACCUUCUUAUUGAAAGACUCAAAAUCGAUUUAUACAAAUGCCAAAAGGCUCAUCGGAUCAGCUACAAAAUUGAGAGAUCAAUUGUUGAUAUUCAUAGCAACGAGAUAGAUUUUCAAUGGUCCUAUCGUUUAACGCAGGCGCUUAUUUCGUGGCCACGAUAUCCUGAAGCGCAGAAUCAACUUGUUGAACAUAUGCGAGAUUACUACAGAGGAAGUCAAUCUAGUAUUGAGUUUCUAGAUGAAUUCGCUAGAGAUUACAUGGCCACUGAUGCCGUUCGAUGGUACACUCGACCUGGUUGUUUAUUUCGCCUUGUUAAUCAAGCAUUUCGCGAUGAAAGUAUCGAUGAAAUCUUCAAAUAUCGAUCGUUCAUCAAGGAUCUUUCCGAGAAUCUCACUUUGCUCCAUAACGAACAACGAGAAUAUGGAUCUAAUCAAUAUAAUCUCUAUAGAGGUACUUGUCUACCAUAUGACGACAUCGCUGUUUUGAAAUCUAAUCAAGGCAAAUUAAUUUCAUUCAAUGGAUUUCUUUCGACAACAGUAGAUCGAGAUAUCGCAUUAGUUUUUGUACAGCCCAGCAAUGAACAGGACCAAGUCGAAGCUGUCUUGUUCGAAUACAAUGUUAAUACCAGUCUUGACACACAUGCAUAUGCUAAUAUUGGCUCUCAGAGUGCCAUCCCUGAUGAGCAAGAAUUUCUAUUUAACAUUGGUGCUAUAUUUCGAAUUGAAUCUAUGAAAUACGAUUCCGAUGAAAAACUUUGGUUGGUGCGUUGUGUAUUAUGUGAAAAAAAGGACCUUAGACAGCUUCAUAUUCAAGGAAUUUCCAGCACUAAUGAAAAUGCUCUCACUGUCUAUAAUUAUGGUGAUAUUUUAAUAGAAAUGGGUGAGUAUGUGAGAGCAGAAAGGUUCUUCAGAGCGUUGUCCAAUGAAGUGAAGGAUGAUAGUGCGAAAGCUAUAUUUCUUUUUAAGCUUCUCGAUAUUUACUCAAUCACUAAAGAUCGUAUUAGAUUUACUCAAACGUUCGAAAAAGCGUUACAGUAUUCCUCUUCCCUAGAAGAAAAGCUGGGUAAUGUCAAUGCAGUUUUCAAUCUUUUUCGGAUACUUGGCUGUGCAUGUAGUACAGCAGGACGUUUUGACGAUGCUCUCGAAUGCUUCGCUCUUGACAUGUCACUUAUCAAUGACGAUAACACCAUCCAAAAUCGAAGAUGUUUGGCCAAGACGUUAGGAGCCAUUGGCCAGGUAUAUUUCCAACGUGGUGAAUACGCAAGAGCGCUAGAAUGCUACCAGCAGGAAGGCAAACUAGCUGAAGAGCUCUAUAAACCUACAAUAGAGCGAGCUGAUUUCUAUGCACGUUUCGGGGCGUUAUACCUGGCGCUAACGGACUUUGAUAUGGCUCUCCAGUAUUUCGGUAAAGCACUUGAUAUUGCUCGCAAUAUUCUUCCUUCGAAUCACCUAAGUCUGCAUACACUUCAGAAUAAUAUCGGUUUAGUGUAUCUUCAUCAGGGUUAUUUGGAAUUAGCUUUAGAAUGCUUUACAACCAUUGCUGAUUCUCCUUCGCAAAUGCCAGAAUUAUACAUUCUUUCUGUAGCACUAUAUGCCAAUAUUGGUCUUAUUUACUUAUUGCAAAAUAAAUUCGAUCUUUCCUUCACGUACUGUAAUAAAGCAAUUACAUCCCAUUUGAAGCUACACCCAAGAUCGUAUCAUCCAAAUUUGGCUAAUUUGUACAUUCAAACUGCUGAUGUAUUGAAGAAGCAAGGCAAAUUUGACGAUGCUCAAAACUUUCUCCUCAAAGCAUAUGAAAUAUUUGAAAAAAAGAAUAUGCCACUCAAGAUAGUCGAAUGUUUCACUGAGAUGAGUAAUUUAAAUAUAGAAAAAGGAAAUCCGAGGGACGCCAUGAUCUGUAUGACAAAGGCUCUUUCUAUGGGCAAGCAAAUUUGUGGUGAAAAUCAUAUAAGUGUUGCAAUAGCUUAUAGAAAUAUGAGCACAAUAUGGCUUCUCAUCGGCAAUACUGAGCGAGCUCUUCAAUUGGCUGCACGAUCAGCAUUGAUUUUUAAAUUGUGGUUGGCUAACGCACCUCUUGAAUGUGCAACUACUUAUGAAACUCUAGGAUGCGUACACUUGAAAAAAUCGGAUUAUUUAUUAGCACUCAAAUACUUUAAGAAAACAAUACAGAUCCGUAAGAAGUACUUGUCUGACGAUCAUUCUCAAAUGGGAACAGCAUAUUAUCGAUUGGGACAAGCCUACGUAUUUCUUGAGAGAUUUGAUAUUGCUCUGCAAUACUAUCAAAAGGCACUAGGUUCAGGUGGUGAACAUUAUUUAAUUUAUCGUGAUUUAGGUGACAUGAAUUCCUUGCAAAAUAAGAAUGAUCAAGCUUUAGAGUUCUACGAGAAGGCGCUUGCUAGUGCAAAACAUAAAUAUGGAGACAAUCAGGUAGAAAUUGCGACAAUCUACUCGAGAAUAGCUGACGUACAUUGUUUACGAGAGGAAUACAAAUUGGCUGCGGAAUAUUUUAUUAAAACUCUCGACUACUAUGAAAAGAACGUUCCUGACCGACGAGAAUUUAUUUCUGAAUAUUCGUUGUAUGUGGCCCGAGCAUUCAAUGAGGUAGGUCAACAUACCCAGGCCAUCGAUUACUUUAAACGUGCUUUAAAGAAUCUCCCAGAAGGUGAUUCUCAACUGUUGAAAACUCGAUGGGAGAUCGCCGUUUCUAACAAAUUGCUAGCCGAUAAAUACAGCAAAGAAUCAAACUUCGUGAAAGCCCUUCAAUAUUAUGAACAUGCACUCGAAAUCUUGAGACAAUGGUUUCCCUUGCAAGUUGAUAUGAUCGAGACAAUUGAGUCAUGUUUCAAGCAAAUAAGUGCCUUUUUGCGUUCAAAUCAGUAA